UAUGACCGCCGCUUCGCUGUUCAUUUAGGAAUAGCCCCUGGGUCUAAAGCCAUCACUCUGGAGCAGACGGGGAAGAAUUAUGGUUAUGUAAACAGAGAUGUGUGUGGCCAGUGUCCCCUCGAUCAUUGCUGUGUUGAGGGAGGUGUAGACAAACUCGACUCCAUCAUAAAUAUGAGAUCCCUUACAAAGAAGCUAAGAGCAAAGGGACUGGAUGUAAUCUACUCAAAGGAUGCUGGGAGGUACCUGUGUGAUUUCACCUACUACUGGUCUCUUCACUGUGGGAGAGGCAGGGCUGCAUUCAUCCAUGUUCCGGCCUCGGGCAGUCUGGCCACCCCGGACAAUCUGGUGUCCCAGCUGUGCGCCAUCAACCAGGCCAUGCUGAGGGAGCUAAGGGCCCUGUCCGAUAACACAGUGGAAAGCACUACCGAUCAGUCAGCACCCGAGGAAGGUUCUCAGCACCUAAUAUAGCAUUUUCAAACCUCACUGCUGUAACUGUUUUGUGUUAAAGCAUACCAUCUGAACUAUAGGACGGGAGGAAGGCAGAAAUUACAAGAGAAAAUGUCUACCAGACAAGGCUUUUUUUUUUUUUUUAUCAAAUUGUUAAAAGUUACUGUGACAGAUACACAGCUGGAAUCAGUUUCUGCAUUCUUAGUCUCUUCUUAGUCGCUUCGCUGCGCGGCGGUCAUAAUAAUCUCACUGUUGCAUUGUAUGGUUUAGUGCUUUCCUCGGGACUUGCGCAGUGUGCA